AUCACUUUUAAUAACGUUAUUGAAGUUUAUAACAUUGGGAAGUUCCUUCAAUUAUUUUAAUGAGUUUUUAUUUAUAAAUGAUUAUGUUUUUAUUUUUUUUUUAGAAAAUCCUAUUUCAUGUUAGUUUAACUGAUAUCAAGGCAAGCACAUCUAUUUUAAAGAAUUUAUAGUCAGUAAUAUAAAGAAAGAUAUUAACGAAUAAAAAGAAAGCAUGUACAAUGUUUCCAAAGGUGAUACUUGGACGUAUAGAAUGAAUGGUAUAUGCAAAAUUUAAUUUAGCCAUUUCUUUGAUGGCAGCACUAGUAUAAACGUGUCAUACGUCAAAAACAUAAUUUUUUCUAAAGGAAUGAGGACUUUGCAUCGUUUUUUUAAUUAUCUGGGAAAGGUGGCAGGUGCUAGUUAACAUAAUUUAUAGUAAUUAUGGAAAAUCAGAGUCACCAAGGUGAAGCCUAUCAAACACAUCAGUCUUUUUGGAAAAAGAAUACCCGUGCUGUUCCAGGCAGACCAAGUCCCAAACAAGAUGGUAAGCUUGGUAAAAUAGGUAGUACUGCAUUGAUAUCUGGUAGUUCAGCUAAUAUAAUAUCUACUAGUGCUGGAACUACAUCAGGAAGUAGUGGAGGUUCUACGUCGUUUCAAGAUUUUCAAGAAAGUAUAGAUGAUGCUUGGGAUUCGGGAGAUGAUGAGUUUUGCACAGUCUCAGAUGUAAAAAUAUCGAAACGAGUUAGCCAGUCUGCUGCUAUCAGUGUUAUUAAUAGCCAUAGAUCAGGAAAAACAUGCAUAGAUUCCGGGACAAAUGUAAAAUCUUCGCAACGCAUUCAAGAAAUUAUUCCGGAGGAAAAACGGGCAGAGGCUCUCCAAAGAUUAGCCGUGCAACCGUUACAUUUGCGAAAUGCUAAUUUGUCUGUGCAUUCUCAAGUGAAUAAUAGUCAACAUUCCACGGAAGAUGCGGAUGUAAAGUAUGGUGCUUCUCCACAACAUAAACCAACGCAAUUCCCAGGCAGGCCACAACCAUUGAGGCAAACAACCGCGCCUACCAAAUUUUUUAUACCUUCUAAAGAACAAGAUGGGGAAAGUAAAGUAGAUAAAUUUCAGUCCCUUCUGGAAGCUUCUGUAUUAAACUUAGACGAAUUAAGACAAUUAUCGUGGUCAGGCAUACCAGCAAGACUACGUUCUGUUACAUGGAGGCUAUUGUCUGAGUAUUUACCAGCCAACAUAGAACGAAGACAGCAUGUGUUAGAACGAAAACGAUUAGAUUACUGGAAUUUAGUCAAGCAGUAUUACGAUACUGAAAGAGAUGAAGGGUUUCAAGAUACAUAUCGUCAAAUUCACAUUGACAUUCCGAGAAUGUCACCACUCAUUUCGUUGUUUCAACAAACAACAGUACAAUUGAUCUUCGAAAGAAUACUCUAUAUUUGGGCGAUUCGGCACCCCGCUUCUGGUUACGUUCAAGGAAUGAAUGAUCUAGUGACACCUUUCUUUCUCGUAUUCUUACAAGAAGCAGUGCCUGUGUCAGCAUGGCAAGAUUUAGAAAAUUAUGAGGUUGCGUCAUUACAGAAAGAACAACGAGAUAUUAUAGAAGCAGAUAGUUUUUGGUGUUUGUCUAAGUUUCUCGAUGGUAUUCAAGAUAAUUAUAUUUUUGCUCAAUUAGGCAUUCAGCACAAAGUAAAUCAGUUGAAAGAACUGAUACAAAGAAUUGAUGCACCUUUACAUCAACAUUUACACCAACAUGGUGUGGACUAUUUACAGUUUUCCUUCCGGUGGAUGAAUAAUUUAUUAACACGAGAAAUUCCUCUUCAUUGUACUAUCCGUCUGUGGGAUACUUAUUUGGCAGAAUCUGAUCGAUUUGCUUCGUUUCAACUGUACGUAUGUGCCGCAUUUCUUCUUCGUUGGAGACGUCAUCUUUUAUUACAGCCUGAUUUUCAAGGACUGAUGUUAAUGCUACAAAACCUGCCUACUCAAAAUUGGACAGAUUCGGAGAUAAGAAUAUUGGUAGCAGAAGCAUACAAAUUAAAGUUCACGUUUGCAGAUGCUCCCAAUCACUUGCAAGCUCACGACACCAGGUGACCAUUUUGCGAUGCGUUUAGAUAAUGAUAUGAGAAUUGCAACAAAGAACACUAGCACAAGUGAUUUUGUGCUAAAUUGACAUGCCUGUUUUUAUGGUCAUCGUUUGUAUUAUAUAACUCGAUGACUCAGGACCAGUUUAGAUCGUUUUCUAUCUUGCAAGUUAUUAAUUUUAAGUUUUAUUCUCUAGUUCAAAAAGGAAACUAUAUUUUCGUUACAUUUAUUUAACGAUUCGAAUUAUUUUUACAAAUAUUAUAUUAUAUAUUAUAUUAUCAUUACUAUUAAUAUUACUGUAGCAAUUAUUUUUAGAGUAACUGAAAUCUACAAAUGA